GGUCUGUCGCGGCGGAGGCGGGAGGGAGCAGGUGCGGGCAGCGGGCCUGGGCCGCGCAGGAGGCCCGCAGCCCCCCCAGCAUGACCAGCCCUGGCGCGAAGGCGUCGUGGCUGUCGCAGCCGCUGGUGAAGAGCGUGCUGGUGUAUCGCAACGGGGACCCCUUCUUCCCGGGGCGCCGCAUCGUCAUCCACGAGAAGAAAGUGUCCAACUUCGAGGUCUUCCUGAAGGAGGUGACGGGCGGCGUGAAGGCACCUUUCGGGGCCGUGCGGAACAUCUACACCCCCCGGGGUGGGCACCGUGUCCGGCAGCUGGAGGAGCUGCAGAGCGGGGAGCAGUACGUGGCCGGUGGCAAGGAGGCCUUCAAGAAACUCAACUAUUUGGACAUAGGAGAAACAAAGAAAAAACCUGCUGAAGUCAGUAAUGAGGUCAAGCCAGUUACUCACAGUAGAAUCACUGUGUCAGCACGGUUUCGAAAACCACUCCAAGAGCCCUACACUAUUUUCCUGAUUGGCAAUGGAGACCUUAUUAGCCCUGUGGUACGCCUCCUCAUUCCCAGGAAAACACUGAAUCACUGGGAUCAUAUUCUUGAAAUGGUUACAGGAAAAGUUACCCUCAGAAGUGGAGCUGUUCACAGACUUUACACUUUGGAUGGAAAACUUGUUCAGGAUGGGUCAGACUUGGAGAACGGACAAAUUUAUGUUGCAGUGGGUAGAGAAAAGUUUAAGAAACUACCAUAUGGUGAUCUGCUGUGUGGCAAAUCUACAAUGAAAUGGCCACAAGGUUCUAAAGCCUCUGUAUUGCCUCCAAUUGUGGGAUCUCGAAAGUUUAAAGGCAGUGGAAGUGAUCGACAGUCUAAAUCUACUGUUGGAUCCAGUAAUCCAGGUGAAAACAGUUUCUCACCUCAGCCUCCUAAAGGGAAGGACAAAAAAAGGCAGAAUCCAGAGAAUUCUGUGUCCAGACGACACUUCUCUAGCAACUCUACAAAAGCAAAACAGCCAGUAAGAGUAACAACUUCCACAGGAGUCCUUCAAGAUAAUGGUGAAGAGAAUUACAAAGCCAGAGAAGAGCUGUCUGAAACGUGGGGAGCAGCUGAAGUGCAGGAAGAUGAAGAUACUCGUGUAGAAGUUCCUCUGGACCAGAGGCCAGCAGAAACUGUAGAUGAAGAAGAAAAUGCAGAAGAGGAAAAUGACAGGGGAGAGGAGGCAUAUAAAGGAGGGGAAGAAUAUCCAGAAGUGAAUGGAGAGGAAAGUGGUAAAACUGUUAAAAAAAGAAGUGAAGUGGAAGGAAACAAGAAGAAACAAAAUGAGAAUUAUGAAGAUGAAGCAAAAGAAACAGUGAAUGUUGACCAAGCAGAGGAAGAAGAACUUAACCACUUAAAUGGCAAGAAAAAUGAAGAAAAUGGUGGGGGAAUGGAGCACUUGAACUACCAAGGUGAUCUUCAGCCUGAAGAAGAAAUAAAAGAAGAGGAUCCUAAUGGUCAGAACAAGGUUGAUUCCCAUCUUGAAAAAACCUGCACAAAUCCAAGGGUGACUAUCACCAGCCCACAGGAAAGUGAAAAAAAUGACCAGAGCAAUGACUAUGCUGCAGUUGCAUAGAUAGAAAAAUGUGAUGAGCAGAAAAUGAAAGAUUAUAAUACUUUAAAUGUAAAGCAUGUUAUUUUUUGUGAUUGAUAACUUAGAAUGGGAAGAUAGGCUGAGUACCCACGUAUUGAGUCCUGAUGCUGCUGUAUAGAAUGAUGCAGAAAACAAACAUUAAUAGCUACUAAAAAGUACAUUGAAUUACUUUUACAUGCUGAGGUUUUUCAUUAGAUUUUGAGGAGGGAAAGACAAGAGUACUGUAUAGUAGUAUUGGAAAUAAAUUAACCAUGCUUUGGUUUGAAAUGGUUAGCAGUAAGCACUAGAAUAACAACAAAAUGACACUGUUUCAGAAAAGGAAAAAAACCCACCCAAAUUCAAUAUUAAAACUUUUUUGCAUAUUUGUUCAGAAGAGAGAAACAAUUUUUGACUUCUAAUGAGGACAUAUGUAGUUUUUCCUUUAAAAUUCCACACGAUAUAUAUGAUUUCCAGACAUGACAUUAAGUCAUAACUAGAAUUUUUUUGUCACUGAAUGGACUUAUGCCCACAAAAAAUGGUGUAUAAUGAGGUGUCAGUGCUAAUGUUACUAAAUAGUAGAUUUUCAACAUAUUAAUUAGAAUUGUUAGGUUUUGCAUUCAUAAAUAGCACUUAUUUAGCACUAGAAUGUAUGUAGAAAGGCUAUACUACUGCAACUUGUUCCCAUUUACAGCAAGUUUUGUUGAUUGUCCUGCACAGAUUCAGUGAACAAUGAAUUGUUAUCAAUAAUGAAGAGAAAAGGGAAAGAAGAGUAUGUAGCAGAUUAAUUACCAAAGUUGAGUUUGGGUGGAUUUGUAGUUCAGCCUAUGUAAAAUUUAAUUCAUUAAUGAAAAAAGAAAAUAGGCCUGGAUUCAUACUGAAAUUGCCAUGAGACCAUUGCUGCCAAUGGGGCCGUUUUACUAUGAAACAUUUUAGGAUGAAGCUGCCAGUUUUCUGUAAAAGUCAUCAAAAAUUGCUGCUUUUAUGAAUCCUUUAUGUAGCCUUAAUGUUUGGAAGUGUACCAUCAUGUUUUUGAGAAAGUUGGCUCCUGAUGGGCUGUGGCUUAAUUUGCAUUAGUAAAUAAGACAUUGAUCCACAGUAUUAGUUCUCUUAAUGAUGCCCUGAGCCUAACUGCAUUAAUUAUACAAAAGAAAUAGUGGGUUACCUUACCAUUAAUACUGGUAAAUUAGGACCACGAGAAACUAAAUAUCCUUUUUGUUGAUUUCAUGCCAUUAAGACAAAAAUUACUUUUAUGAACAAAUUGAACUUGGAGCACUGCUUGAGGAAUGUGAAGAACCAUUUGUCAUGACUGAAACUCCAAAAAAACAGCUUAACUUUUUCGACUCACUAUUAAAUAUAUUUUUCCAAAGGAGUAGAAAUACUCAAGAGAUCCGUCAGGAGGUUUCUGAGUAUUGGCAAUGAAAGUACAAAACCCAUAAUGUUAAAAAUCACAGGAACAACGUUAGAGCAGAACAUCUCUGAAUUGUCUGUGAUUCAUAUGUCAUUUGACAAAGAUCCGAGGGAAUGUUACAUUUGUGAUCAGUUCAAAAUAAGGUCCUACUUUAGCCAAGCUCUUAAGCAAAUAUGUAUGCUUUUUUAAUUUCAUACAGGAAUUAACCCUAUGUUCAAAUAUAUUAUAUUUCACUGGGACAUUUAAGAUGACAUUUAAAGUCUAGCAGAAGUAAAAACCAACCAACUCUCCCCUGCUCCCUGCAAAAGAAUGAAUAAAAUAAUUGUACAUGCCAGUGCUAAGAAAGGACAGACAGAAAUCCUCCAGAUACCAUUAUAGUUAAUCCUGCACUGGAAUAAUGUAUGCAGUAGCAUUAAAAGCCCUCAAACAAUACUCAAUCAGCCAGAGCAGGCAGCUCUGUCUCCUCAGGGAGCUUAGGGGAUUUACCUGCUGAACCUUCUGUGCAAAGCUGACCAAGGAAAAUGGCUAAUGCUGUGUCUUUGCUCACUUAGAGCUGAAUAGCUCAUGUGCUUACCAGUAAGCUUGGGCUUAAAUGUGCAGCUGAAUCAAGACAAGUAACAGUAAUCCUGUACUGACAUUACUAUGAACGGGUUCUUUCCUAGAAGUUAGUGGUGUAUGAAACACAGGACUCUACUUGCUGUCAUUUACUGCAGACUAAGACUUGAACAAGCUCUGAGAUGUUUUUCAUCCUCAAAAGUUUGAAGUUAAAUUGACAUGCAAAAAUAUCUGAUGGAGAUAUUUAAUUUGGAGAACAUUUGUCUAAAAAUGUUGUAUCUAGAAAUAAUAUUUAGAAGCAAUUGAGGGAUUUGUAUGGUGAUACUUUUCUCCCUUUGGUUUUUAUUUAUAGCUUCUGUUUGCCAACAGCUUCAGUAAUUUCUUCCCUUUUCCCCAAAUCUUUGUUGUCUUCUAUGCUUAAAAGACUUACAGAUGUCAAAAAGAGUAAUUUAAAAGCUUAAACUAAAUUCUAGGGAAGUGUAAGAUGAUUAUUUUCUGUCAUGGGAACGUGAAAUCCCAAUGAGUGUUAUUCAGCCUUUAAAAUGUUUUCCCUUCUGUUUUCUUGUCAAAGAGACAGGAUGUAAUUCUUCAGAAUAGAAAAUCAGACUUUGUGGAAAUAGAGAUAUAACCAUUUCCUAAUUCCCCUUACAACACUGAAAACAUAAAUGUUCUUAUUGGGUUCUUUUGUGGAGAUAAAAGGUUAUACAGAACAAAUAAAUCUGAUGUUAACAUAGAAAUUAAACAAGAAACAUACAGAUGGUCUUGCUAAUAGUUUUUCUGUCUGAAUUUGCCAUAUGUGAUGGCUUAACUCAGUUUUACAUUAAGAAAUACAUAAUUUUGUUCAGCUUAUAUGAUGUUAUUUUAUUAAGCUUAUAUGCAACAGUUCUGAGGUUUUUUUUAAGACUUGUUUUCUUUUGGUUUUAUUUUUAAAAAUAAUUUGCUAUUAAAGAGAACUAGCAUACAGA